AUGAGGGCAGGGCCUGAUGAGAAGUUGCGCCAACAAGUGCGAAAAGAAGCUAGAAAAAUGGCAAAGCAAAAAAAACAUGAAUCUUGGAUCCAGCAUCAGAAAUUUAAAAAACAGAGGAGAGCUGAACAAAGUAAGAGAAAAUUUGGAAAUUCAAAGCCAAAAUACGUGAACAAAUCAAAGAAUUUGAAAGAGAAAGAAGACAUACAAGAAAAUGCUAACUCGAGGAUAAAUCAAAGUCUAGAGAAAAAGAACGUUCCAACAGAAAUGGAACUGAAAUUGGACUUGUUGGCACAUGGAGGUGCUAAUACUCCAAAGACAGUGAAAGAGAAAAAAUGCAUGAAGAGGAAGUCGAAAACAAAGUUUGAAGAGUACCUUGAAAUGGAGAGGAAAGAUGCUGGUGCUGAGGAGGAUCUGGAAUUGGAAAGGAGACUUGCUAAGAAACUCAAAUCAAAGGAUGGAAAAUUGAGGGGAAUGGAUGAUGAAAUCGACAUGUUGCUCGAGGGAAUACCAUCUGUGCUUGAUUCUUUUGAUGAAGAGGAAGCCCCAGAUGCUAAGGAGUUUCCCAUUGAGGGAGUUGAGGAUGGAACUUCUGGUAAGAAAAGUAAGAAAAAAAAUUCUUCAAAGGAAUUUUCAGAAGAUGAGAGAGAUGAUGUCAUGGGGGCAGUUUCUGGGCUGGAGGAAAGCUCAGGUGCAGAAGUGGGGCUUGAAGAUGGUGCCACCGAGACAUCUUCACAUACAAGGAAUAGAAACAAAAAGAAGUCAAAGCGAAAGCAAGACAUGGCAGGUGACAUUAAAAAUGGAGAAUCUGACCCAACAGACCAUGAUGCAGAAGUUGCAUUGCCGGAAACUUCUAUCAAGGCAUCUGCAGGGGCCAGCAGUAUGAAAUAUGUCGCUCCUCAUUUGAGAUCUCUUUCAGGAAAUGAGUCAGAAGAGCAUAUUCAAAUCCGUAGACGGGUCCGUGGUCUACUAAACAGGCUGUCUGAAUCCAAUGUGGAAUCGAUUACAGGCGAAAUGUCUACCAUCUUUUGUUCCACUAUUCGUAGUGUCAGUACUCAGAUUAUUGUUGAUGAGGUGUUGGCAGGAUGUUCUGGUGGUCCUCGUGGCAAUGAACAGUAUGCUGCUGUUUUUGCAGCUUUUGUUGCAGGCUUGGCUAGCUCUGUUGGGAUGGACUUCAGUGCAAAGUUUGUGGCCUCACUGGCUAAAACUUUUGAGAGUGUUCAGAACCGAGUGAAUGAGCUAAAGGCCUCCUCUGUAGAAGGCCAGGCAAAUAUAAAUGGAAAACGAAUGGAGUUUAUGCUUGAAACCAUAUUUGAUAUCAAAAACAACAAGAAAAGGCCCAAGGAGGAAACUGCACCUCACACGCGGAUAAAAAAAUGGCUACAGAAGUUAAAUGUUGAAGGAAUUUUUAUUAGAGGGCUAAAAUGGAGCAAGCUGCUGGAUCCUGACAAGAAGGGCCAGUGGUGGCUGUCAGGGGAUGUGGCUGCCAAAACAGAUAAUGUUCAAGAGGUUGCCAACGCAAUAGACAAAGAGAUUCUGGAAACCCAAAAGAUGCUACAGCUUGCUGCUUCACAGAGGAUGAACACAGAUGCCAGAAAGGCAAUCUUUUGUAUAAUAAUGAGUGGUGAAGACUACAUUGAUGCUUUUGAAAAACUUCUGAGGUUGGACUUGACUGGAAAGCAGGAUAGAGAGAUUAUGCGAGUUAUUGUAGAAUGCUGUUUACAAGAGAAGAUAUUUAACAAGUAUUACACUACCCUAGCUUCCAAGUUGUGUGAGCAUGACAAAAACCACAAAUUUACGUUACAGUUCUGCAUUUGGGACCGCUUCAAAGAGCUGGAGUCAAUGCACUUAUUAAGAUCAAUGCACCUAGCAAAAUUUGUAGCAGAGAUGGUUGGCUCUUUCACCCUCUCCCUCGCAGUUUUAAAGAGUGUGGAAUUAAGUGAUGUCGCACAGCUAACCCCAAAAAGGAUCAUGCAUUUUCGUAUGCUGUUUGAGGCCUUAUUUGAGUAUCCUGAUAAGGUUAUAUGGAACUCAUUUACACGUGUUGCUGUCGCCCCUGACCUAGAAACUCUUCGUCAUGGCAUUGAGUUCUUCAUCAGGGAGUAUGUUGUCAAAUCAAACAAGGCCUUCACAAACAAAUUCAAGAUUGCAAAGAAAGCCCUGAAUAAUAUUGAAGGAGUCCUCAUGUGA